GGAACAAUUAUUUAUUGAUUAAUAAAGAAUCUACCAGCUGGGACAGAUUUCCCUGUUGGAAGCUGCAUCAGACUGACAUCAUAGGAUAGCUUAUAUAGGUUACAAGAUACAAAGUUAUUUCCUUUCACAUACAGGUUCUUAUUGGACAAUCAAACAAACCUCAUCACAAAUAACAGGUAUGUGAGGUCAGUGAUGAAUGGACAAUCCUCAGGUUAUUCAGGGGUUGUUUACUUUCACAUGUACUUAAUCACUUAUCCCUAUUUAGCUAUAUGUUAUCUUGCAUUCCAUCCUGACCUCUUUGAUAUUCCUGAAGUUCCUUUUGUUUCCUGACCUUCCUAAUUCUCAUCCUUAGGCUAAUUGAAGUCUAGUCUGCAGCCUGCAUAAGCUGCUUGAUUGAUCUGCUUUAUCCACUUCAACUUUAUUAUCUUCUUUUAUUGGGACUACUUCACCUUAGUAAUGGUUAUAGCUGGUCUCUCCAUAAGAGGCAUUUAACAUAAUGUCUUCUCCCAAGGGAGGACUGGCAUUUUAGCAUGAUGUCUGCUCACAGGGAUAUGUCCCCUGAGUUCCCAGGGUACAGGCCCUGUGUAGAUUUUGGAGCUGGGCUCUAUGAGGCUGAAUAUGGACCUAUCCCUAUUCCUGAUUAAAGAGUGGUUUUUCUUACUGCUUUGGUAGUUCUGUGUUAUUUUCAAGCUAACAAAACAAAUAUCAUAUAUAGGAGGCACAAUGGAUAAUGCCCAAGCCUAGGGUCAGGAAGAGUUCAAAUCUAACCCAACAUUUCCCAGCCAGUGACCCUGGACAAGUCAUUUAACUCCGUUUGCCUCAGUUUCUCCAAAUGUAAAAUGAUCUGGAUAAGGAAAUGGUAAAACAUGCCCGUAUGUUUGUAAAAAAAAAAAACAAACAAACCCAAAUGGGGUUACGUGUCCAAAUUGAGUCAAACAACUAAAGGCCAUUUAAUGUUUGUUGCCUGACAGUGUUUGAACGUAUGGAGGCUUGUCAAUGAACCUAUCUGUUUCAGAGGUUUGGGGGAGAUAAACCAGUUGGAAAUACAGUAUUUUAUCUGCCAAUUUAUGUUCCCACUACAGGGUAAAAUUUUGAAGAGGGCAAGCUUGCCCCUAACAAACAUGGCGCCUCAGCACUAGCCACGUAACCCUCCCCAACAAACGCGGCUUCCAUGGAGAGCGGAAGCGCCCAGCCCCAAACAAAGAUGGCGAUGGCGGCCCGGAAGUCUAUCGGAAGUGACCUCCCACCUGGCCGCUCUGCCCCUCCCUGUCCCACAGCGAAGCUAGACCCGGGAUGGCGGUAGCAAUGGCCGGCUCGCAAGCUCUGAAGCGUCUAGAGCUGCGGGACGCCGAAGCGCUAUUUGAGGCACAUGGAGCGGAAGAGAUCCGCGGGCUGGAACGGCAGGUACGAGCGGAGAUCGAGCACAAGAAGGAGGAACUGCGGCAGAUGGUGGGCGAGCGCUACCGCGACCUGAUCGAGGCGGCCGACACCAUCGGACAGAUGCGUUGCUGCGCCGAGGGGUUGCUGGACGCCGUGAGGGCUACGGACCAGUGCUGCGCGCGUCUCCGCCAGCAGAGCCACGCCACGUCCACCGCCACCGCCUCGGCAACGACUAUGGCAGCGUCGCGCUCUGCGCGCACCCCUCAGCCCUCCCAGGAGAAGUUCUAUAGCAUGGCUGCCCAGAUCAAGCUACUCUUGGAGAUUCCUGAGAAAAUCUGGAGCUCCAUGGAAGCCUCUCAGUACCUACAUGCCACUCAGCUCUACCUGCUCUGCUGUCACCUUCAUGGCCUGCUCCGGCUGGACUCCUCCAGUGGAUGUUAUAGCCCUGUUCUUGCCCGUUUCCCGAUACUGGUUCGUCAGGUGGCAGCAGCCAGUCACUUCCGAUCAACCAUCCUGCAUGAAACCAAGAUGAUACUUAGAUGCCAAGCUGUGUCUGACCAGGCUGUUGCAGAGGCCUUGUCCUCAGUCAUGCUCCUAGAAGAUAGUUCUCCUCGCCAGGCCCUCACGGAUUUCUUGUUAGCUAGAAAAGCAGCCAUUCAGCAUCUUCUCAAUCAGCCACACCAUGGUGCUGGUAUUAAAGCUCAGAUUUGUUCAUUAGUGGAGCUGCUGGCCACCACUCUGUACCAAGCCCAUGCCCUCUUCUACACCUUACCCGAAGGUGUGCUGCCUGAUCCAGCACUGCCAUGUGGCUUACUCUUUUCCACCCUGGAUUCUGUUACAAGCCAGCAGCUUGCAGGAAAAGGCAUCAUCAAUGUCUUACAAGAGAUGAAGUUGUGCAGCUGGUUCAAACACCUCCCAGCCUCCAUCAUGGAGUUCCAGCCAACACUUCGAACUCUUGCACACCCCAUCAAUGAGGAGUACUUGAAAGACACUCUACAAAAAUGGAUCAAUAUGUGUCAUGAAGAUAUCAAAACUGGGAUCACCAAUUUGCUGGUUUACGUCAAAAGCCUGAAAGGCCUUGCAGGGAUUCGGGACGCUGUAUGGGAGCUGCUCACCAGUGAAUCAAUGAGCCAAAGCUGGGAGGUGGUGUGCCGGCGCCUUCUGGAUAAGCCCAUCUCCUUCUGGGAAGACUUGCUGCAACAGCUGUUCCUUGACCGAUUACAGACACUGACGAGAGAUGGCUUUGACUCCAUCUCUAGCAGCUCCAAAAAGCUUCUGGUUUCUGCUUUGCAGGAACUUGAAGCCAGUUCCAGUACCUCCCCCAACAAGCAGGUCCAGUUUGAGCACAACAUGUCUCUCUUUCUCUGGUCAGAGAGUCCUUCUGACUUGCCUUCAGAUGCUGCAUGGGUCAACGUGGCGAAUCGGAGCCAGUGUGCCAGCAGUGGCCUCUCCAUGAAAGCCCAGGCCCUCAGCCCCUAUGUACAGAGUUUUUGCCUUGCUCUGGACUCCAAACUGAAAGUCAAACUGGAUGACCUUUUGUCGUACCUUCCCUCAGAUGCACCCAAGGAGGCCUCGGGUGCACAGACCAAGAACUCUGCCUUUGAUAGGUACUCAGAUGCCAGCACUGUGGAGGGAAUGCUCCGGAACCACUGUGCGGCUUGCACUGAGCAGAUUGUGGCGUGCGUGCGUGCAGAGCUGCAAGGGGCUGAGGCAGCACUGCAGGGACCGACCCACAUGCUCAGUCGUCCCAAGCUCUCCUCAGUCCUGUUCAUGGCCAGGCUCUGCCAGUCCCUUGGAGAACUGUGUCCCCAUCUGAAGCGAUGUAUUUUGGGCAAAUCGGGUAGUUCAGAGAAACCCAUCAGGGAGCCUCGGGCCACAAAGAAACAGGCAAAAGGAAAAGCUCAGGAAGUGAAUCCUGUUCUAGCAAAAUGGCAGGAAGUCAAAGAGCAGCUUCUGGAGCAGAGUCUGCUGGGAUACCGGCUGUGGAGCAUGGCCAUCACAAAUGUCCUGGUUCGUGAUUUCACCCAGUCAUUACUUCUAGGGAAUGCUGGCUCUAUCCUAGCCAUGGCCACCAACUGGGAUGAACUGGAAAUCCAGGAGGAGACAGAAACUGGGAGCAGUGUAACAUCCAAGAUUCGACUGCCUGUACAGCCAUCCUGGUAUGUACAAUCCUUCCUCUUCAGUCUGUGUCAAGAAAUAAAUCAGGUUGGAGGCCAUGCCCUGCCAAAGGCCACACUACAGGAGAUGCUAAAGGGCUGCCUGGUUCAAGUAUUAGCGGGCUAUGAAAAGCUUUCUGAAGAUAAGCCAGCUAAGAAAGAAGGUACAUUCCCAAUGACUCAGAACAGGGCACUGCAACUACUUUAUGAUCUGCGUUAUCUCAACAUUGUGCUGACAGUCAAGACUGAAGAGGUAAAAAGUGCUCGAAGUAAACAGGACUCCAGAAUUGAAAAAGUAACAGACUUCUUAGAAGGUCUCAUAGAUCCAUUUGACCUAGAUGUCUUUACACCACACCUAAAUAGCAACCUUAAUCGCCUGGUGCAACGAACCUCAGUUCUGUUUGGAUUGCUAACUGGGACAGAUAAUCAGUUUUCUGCCCGGAGCAGUACUUUCAAUUCCCAAGAACCCCAUAACAUACUACCACUGGCAUCCAGUCAGAUCAGGUUUGGACUUCUUCCACUUAGCACGACUAGCACACGAAAGGCUAAGUCCUCUAGCCGAAGCACAGAAUCCAAAGACCAGGUUGUACUUCCAACACUCCCCAGAGCAGAUGAUGUCAUGAUGCGUCCUGGUUCCUUGUUCAGACAGGCUGUCACAGAAGAGGAAGACACAUCUACCCCAUCAUCUCGUUUCACACUUAGUUGGCUCGCUAACAUGACUAAAUAAAAUGAAGCAAUUUAUCAAGAUGUACCCCUCCUUUUCUAAAUAAAUAAUUACCAUGUA